AUGUCCUCUUUUAGUGAACCUAGUAUUUUUACAAAGUACCAGACAAAGCCCCAGCUGUUUGGAGGAGACACAAAAGGUGGAGGCUUAUUUCCUCUUCCUUUGCCAGCUGGAAAAUCAAAAGGCCUCUUGGAACAGUUUGAGGAGAAAAAGAAAAGGGCCCAAGACAAAUGUGACAGUGAGGCUCUGUACAACUUCAUUUCCCAGAUCAGAGAAAACAUUCACAAGUUGCAGACAUCUGUGGAAAAGUCUGAGGAACAUUUCAGUUCAAGAAGCCAGUCUAUUUUGGAUUCUUUGGAGACUGUGGUCAAGACAUUGCAAGAAGCUGCCCAGGCCCAGAGCGAUCUGGCAUUGGAAACAGGGCGGGACAAGGGCGACAUGGAACAGGCCAUCCUUGAAAUGCAGAAGAAACUUGAAGCUAGACAAGCAGAGUUUCUAGAAAUGAAGUCCAGCCUGAAGCACCUUGAAGCUUUGGUUACCCAGCAGAGUAAGGACUUCCAGCAGCUGUGUGACCAGCUGGGCCAGCUGAAUGUCCCCUGUGUCCUAGCAGAGCUGAAGAGAUUGACCUCCAUGCCUGGAGUGCCCCGGCACGUGAAAGACAGCACUUCCCAGACCUCACCACCUCUGGCCCAGAGCCCGCAUUUCAGCAGGCAGGACAAACAUGCCUCUGAGGAACCAGUGAUGGGGCAGGCCCAGGCCCUCCCUGCUGCACAGAAGGUUAGAAUGGGCUCCCUGCGGCCUGGGGCCCUUGGUGCCUGGGGUGAGGGAGCCAAGAGUGCUGCUCUCCAAGAAGAGGCUGCGCUGCUGACAACUGGAGGAGGCAGAAGAAACAGGCGCAUAAGUGACAAGGCCAUGCAAACGCCCUGCAAGAAGCAGGACGUUACUAAGACAGGCUCUGAGAGCCAUGGGGCCAGCAUCCUGGCUUCCCAAGGAGCUCCGCGGCUUAUAUCCCUGGACUUAAACAACUUUGCAACCAGCAGUAAGAACACCCGCCAAAAACGUCGAGCCAAAGGGAUGUUUCCAUGCAACACCUCUGACCAAAAUGUAGUGACUGAACAGAAAGGCACAACUGUAGAAAAAGGGGGGACAAAGAAGCAGCAGCAGCCCAGGAAAGCCCGCAGAGGCAGGCCCCUAGCCAGGAAGCAAGAGCAAAACCCAAGCAAAACCCGUGCUUUCAAUUCUAAAUGUCCUCAAUCUCCAGUUUCUGGCUCCCAAAGGUCCCCCCCAGAGCAGCAGGAACCCCUUGUUCAACCCCUGCAUCUGCACUGCCCCAGGAGCCCCAUAGAGUCAGCCUGCCCCUCUCUGGGAGGAAGACUCACACCCAGAAAGAGGGCGAGCCAGGUGCAAGGGGAUGUCUUGCAGCCCAGAGGGCGUGCUUCCCAAAACAAGAGCUCCCAUGGGGACCACCAGAUAAGCUGGUUCAGCGACCUCAACCUUGAAAGUUUCGAGUCCCCUCUGUGCAAGAAGCCAGGGAAGAGCCUGCUCUAUGACCUGUGCUUUGAUAGCAGCGAUGAUGGCUUCUGACCAGCCACAGUGACCUCAGCUCAGCUGAUGGUUUAUUGGUCUCCGCUGGAAAGACAAAUUACAGAGAGGUUGGCUCUAAGCCUGCUUGGGACCCUCAGGGUCAAGAAGCCCUGCUGAAGGGGUCAGGAUGCAGAUCUGGCAUCCUGGGUACCAGGUGCUGCCCAUGACAGGGCAUAAGGGACAAGUGCACACUUAUUUAUUGGAAUGAAGAAGGUGGUGAUGAGAGCUGGCACGGGGCACCUGGAAGUGGGGCUGAGCUGGUGAAAGGAAGGCUGGCCCCCAAAGGGAGCACCGACUAGCAGAAGACUCUCAGUUGCUGUGGGAACACAGCUCUCAAACAAUAUGUUUGGUCUUCACAAUAUUCCCUACACGUGACCAAUACCUUUCCAGGCCUCAGGAUUUUUUUUCUUAUUAUUUUUAUCCAGUUUUGCUGUCAGGGUAUUUGCAUUUUUCAGUGGACAUAUUACAGGACACGUUAACUCGGUCUUCUGUGAAGAGAAAUAGAGUUAAAGCUACCAGUGUCAGAGAGGUGACAGGCAGCAAACUAAUGCCCAGAGCACUGCUGUUCACAAGCCACGCAAUUCCUUUUCUCCACAUCCUGUUUUUCAACCACUUUUAAAGUUAAUAGAGCAGCUGUGAGUCUUGUAUUAUUUCUGGACAUCAGUGGGCUUAUGAGACUUUGGUUUUCCAUUUAUAUCUUGCUGACG